AUGGGUUUAAUCAACGACCAUGACUUGGACAGACAUCACUUCAGCGUGGUGGUUGAUUCUGGUUUCACAGCUUCAUCACGCUGCCAUGUUUCACUUCGUUCUGUCUGCUCUCAGCUGGAGAUCACAGAGGGGACGCCUGAUUUAGGAGUGACGUCAUACUGGACCGACGCAGAAGGAAACGUGGUGUUCGGCCCAAACACCCCGAAGGAAAAGAUGAAAACCAGUGGGACGAAAAUGCAGAAGCGAAAGGAAUCUGUUAGUAAGCCUCCUCCUGUGGAAAAGCAGGAAGAGGAGAGCAAAAGCAAGGAGGUAAAAGAGGAAACAAAGCUGGAAAAUGUUGCAAAUAUUGCUGCAGAAGAACCAAAAGCUUCAGAAGAUGCAAAAGAAGAUUUGGUUGAUGAGCCGCUGACUGCUGACCAACCAGAGGAGCAGCCGGCAGAGGAGGAAGCAGAGGCACAGCAUGAAGUCACUGAAUGAACAGAGCAGAAAGAAGCACAUUUUAUCCAAUAAGUUUGAUGUGCACUUAUCAUAACGUUGCAUUUUCUCCUAUAUAAAGUAAUAAAAACAAUAAUUUGUACAUCUGCUCCAAUAGAAAUAAGCGGUCUCGUCACAACCU